CUGACUUGCCAAAGAGCAUGAGCAGGAACCGCGGUGGCGCCCUGCACUCCCACCAUGGCUGAAAUCACAGUUUGGGUCAACGGGCGGGAGAAGCGUGUGACGGGGGUGGCGCGCUCGACAACCUGCAGGGACGUAGUCACUCUGUUGCUCCGAGACCACCUCAAGACGGACGAGAUCCUGCCCGGCUACAGCCGUUGCUUCUCUCUGUUCGAACGGUGGCGGGGUUGCGAACGGGUCCUGAGCCCCAAAACCAGGCUGUACAAACUCUGGAAGGCGUGGGAUAACGAGCAGAAGAAUGUCCGGUUCACACUGAAGAGAUCCACAUCGGCGGAGCCACGCCCUGAAGAGAUCGGGGACGAACUGAUCGGACAAGGCACUAAGAAAGCAGGUGCUAGUUCUCAAUCGGGCAGCAUUCCCAUUCGGGUUGAGGGCACCGACAAGAAGGUCCGGAAGAGCACCGUGAGGCCACUACGAGUUAAAGACAAGGACAAGUCUUAUCGAAAGAGUGUCGAGACUGGCGGUACUCGACGCAAGGAUCGAUACUCGGAAUCGGGUAAUCGGAAUCGUAGCGUGCCCGUGCAGGAUCUGGAGUCUCUGGUUCAGACUGUCGUGAAACAAAGUAAGCGGCUACAGGAACUACUUGAAAUGGUUCAAGAAAUUGACGUGGAAAUCGAGUUCUACGAGACCAAGGCUCAUUUACUCCGGGUCGAGGAGAAGGGCAAGAACUAUGUGCAGGACGCUUAUUUAUCCAGGUUAGGGGGCGACAAUAGCCAAUCAGAGGACACGGACGAUAAUUUAUGCGAGCUGGUGACCAAUGGCUGCUCCGAUUUGGAAGCGUACAUCUCAUUAUACGAACACUUGUUGGAUGUUGAAUCGCAGCUCACUGCAAAGCGAGGUACAAUUGCCACGUUGACUGAGACAAUAGAACGCACUCGCUUGCUACGCAUGGACGGUCUGGCGCCUGUUGAAAGUGCCGAACUUGGAGAUGUCGAGUGUGGGAUUCGGGUGAUGACGAACGAUGAAUGGGCAAACCACGACACGGUUCCAUUAAAAACCGACGACGAGAAAUAUCUGGCAGACUACCAGCGAGAAAUCGGUCUGGUGCGGGCGCAGCUGGAGUGGUACACCGAUGUUUGCAUCGCGCAGAAGUCGGAGAUCACGACCAUGCACAACAGACUCGCCUCAGCCGAGACUCUGUAUAACGACAAACAUCAUUGGCUGGACAUCCUUGUGACGGAGCUGGACCGUUUAGAACGCAACUCGCUACUGGACACACCAUGUGACGUCGAUACCGAAAUCGAGGCCGAACCGAAUAGUCCAACUCACGAGACUGCAACCGUAGAGCGCGAGACUGUCGAUCAAGAAAAAUCGACACUGGACGAUGGUCACGACAGCGGCAUAUGCUUGAGUCCGGACGAAACUCCGAAACCUGAAACGAGAACGGGAAUCGAUAAUGAUUCCAGUUCUGAUACCGGAUUGAGCUCGCUGCAUAGUCAGGAAGAUACAGAACACUUACCAGUUGUAGCCGAAACGUUGGUGUGACCAAAACACAAAUCACUGUUGAAUUUAAACAAUGCUUUCAGUGGCUCCUAAUAACUUGAACUUUUGCAAGCACAAUAUGUGUGCCCUUCUAAUCAUGAAGGAUUUCCCCCAGCUAGUAAAUAUUUGUUUGCAUAAUAAUUACUCAGAUCAACUCGCGUUACAUCAUUACAAAAUGUACUUAAUCAUUAUCUAUAUUUUGUUUUAAAUGUAUGUAUCAUUUGUCUCGCACCAUUGCGCCCUCUGUUGACCAAUCAGUGAGCUGGAAAGAAAAAGGUUGCUACUUUUUAUUGCAAAGUUAACGCAAAUCGACACCCACGACAAAACUGUGUACGUAUGUGACCAUAGGUAGAUACGGGGAACAUUCAGGUGUUGUUUUUCUUAUUUGCUACAAGGACAGCUGUGACAUAGAAGGGGAAAAUCAAUAAGUGUUCUAAUGUAUGAGAGUGUCUCAUUAGAGUGGCCGUAUAUAGACCAAGUGCUAUUUGUUUAUGGAUAUUGUAGUCACUCGAUGCCAACCUUCAGCCAAACGGUUAUUUUUGUCUGCACUGCAUGUAUAUCUCUUGAAAUAUGAAUAGUUUAAAAGUGUUGUUGACAUAUACUGUGUGCCAAACAACAUGCGAAAGAUGCAUAUAUUUCGGGUUGCCUGGCAGUUCAGUUGCCUGUCGGCAUGACCCAUGACGUCUCAUGGCACGUGGUCUAUACAAAAGACGGCGUAGAAAUCAGACAUUGUGGCCAAAAUGGCUGCAGUUGUGGAAGUAAUCAGCGAAACGCUCUUGAAAUUGUUGGAAAGUAAUGCCAUAAUAGAUACAUUGUUUGUUUGUUUGUUGGGGUGUGGGGUUGUUUGUUUGUUUGUUUUUCGGCGCAUCCAUAAAACGAACGUAUGCUUUGUAGUGAUAUUAAAAUCUUUUACAGAGUGUAAAUCUUA